AUGUGUUCAGCCCGAUCAGGUUUGGCCAGAAAUUGGUCAACACCCGCGAGUGCGAGUCCACCUCCCGCUGAGUUUGCUCCAGUUUUCCUGCGAGGGCCAGUCCAGCGUUUCAAGCUGGACGGAGGAGAGGCGAGCGGGGCCGAAGGCCCGACCUUUGUGCUGCGACACAGAACUUCAAACCUCUUACAAAACACCGCAGAGUGCACGUCUACAGAUGGAGGAGACACGACCACCUCAGGUUCUUCGAGCAGUCGCCUUAGCCCCGCACACAAUGGGGGAGUCCCAGAGCGCGACGAGGAGAGGAGGCUAAUGGAAGAGGACGACAGAGGAAGAGAAGGAGGCGAGAAACAGCAGGAAGGGGACGAGAAAAGCAGCGACGAAGGGUUCAUGGGGAUGACUCCGCUGCUGCAGGCGCACCACGCCAUGGAGAGGAUGGAGGAGUUCGUGCACAAGGUGUGGGAGGGUCGGUGGCGCGUCAUACCUCACGACGUGCUCCCCGAUUGGCUGAAGGACAACGACUUCCUGCUUCACGGCCACAGACCGCCCAUGCCUUCGUUUCGCGCCUGCUUCAAGAGCAUCUUCAGAAUCCACACGGAGACGGGAAACAUCUGGACGCACCUGCUAGGUUGUUUGUUUUUCCUCUGUCUGGGUCUGAUGUACAUGUUCAGGCCCAACAUGUCUUUCGUGGCACCGGUCCAAGAGAAAGUGGCCAUUGGGAUGUUUUUCCUGGGCGCCAUCCUGUGCCUGUCGUUCUCCUGGCUGUUCCACACGGUGUACUGCCACUCCGAGGGCGUCUCUAGAGUCUUCUCAAAGUUGGACUACAGCGGCAUCGCCUUCCUGAUCAUGGGCUCCUUCGUCCCCUGGUUGUACUACUCCUUCUACUGCUCCCCUCAGCCCUGCUUCAUCUACCUGAUCGUGGUGUGCGUGCUGGGACUGGCCGCCAUCACGGUGUCCCAGUGCGACUUCUUCGCCACCCCUCAGUACAGGGGAGUCAGAGCGGGUGUAUUUGUGGGCCUGGGUCUGAGUGGCGUGGUUCCCACCCUGCACUUUAUCAUCAGCGAGGGUGUGAUCAAAGCCACCACCAUGGGCCAGAUGGGCUGGCUGCUGCUAAUGGCGGCACUCUACAUCACAGGAGCCUGCCUGUACGCCGCUCGCAUCCCUGAGAGGUUCUUCCCCGGCAAGUGCGACAUCUGGUUCCACUCCCAUCAGCUGUUCCACAUCUUGGUGGUCGCCGGGGCCUUUGUCCAUUUUCACGGCGUCUCCAACCUGCAGGAGUUUAGGUACACGGCGGGGGCCGGCUGCGCUGAGGAAGGCGCCCUUUAACACAAACACUGACUCACCCCUUCACUGACACGCGUUUUUUUUUUUUUUUUUUUUUUUUUUACGGGGAGGCACUGGUUCUAAUAAUAUGCACAGAAUUACACACUCUCCUCAAACAUGCACACACCACACGGUCUCCACCCACACUGAAGACAGACGUGGCUCCCGGCGCUGUGGGUCUGCGUGCGCUAAUGCACAGGACGGCCUGUUAAAACUGACCGAUGAGGAUCUUUGUUGUCUAUCUGUCCCUCUGUCUGUCCAUCCAACCCCACCUCCUCUGGCUCUGUUGCUUUCUUUGAUUAAAAAGGCACUUCCGUGUUUUUCAAAGAAGCGUUUGAGACUCUUGUCAGGAACGUUUCUCCUCUCCGUUUGGGGUCACUCGACGCGUUCACGACCUUAAUUCUAGAUUUUAUUCAAAAGUGAAUGGUUUGAUUUCAUGAGGAAGCAUAAUCGUGGCUUAAAAAAAAUACCUGUAGGGGUGCUUUUUUUGCUCAAUGCUGUUUUCCAAGUCAUGUUUUUAGAGCAUUUAAAUAUGUUAAAAAAAAAAAGAAAAAAAAUGAGUGGAAAUAUCUUUGGAUUUCUUCCUUGAUUGUUUGCAAGGGCAGAUGUUGGAAAAUGGGGUGGGUGAGGGGUUAAUAGUCACUUUUAAAAAUUAAAAAAAAAAAAAGAAGAAAAAACAACUUUUCCAUGUAAAUAAGAUUUCUAAAUUUUGGGUUAUAGAUUUGUAUUAAAUAUAUAUAUAAAAAAACAAAUAAAAAAUAUGUUAUUAAGUGAUGGCGAGAAUAAAUAUGUUAGAAUCAGCUAAAGAUGGAGGGGGUAAGCUGUUGUAUCGACACUUGUUCUAGCAGUGGGGUGCAGUGGAGGAAAUAUUGUGUGGAUGGUGCGAAGCGCUUCAAACAACUUUAUGUAGUCUUUCGAGGAUAAGAGGUGGAGGAAAUGAGAAAACACAACACCUGAAUCUUAUCACAGAGUGACUUUAAAGCUGGUAUUUUGUCUCCAGUCCAAGUCACCACUCACGACUAGUCACUUUUCUGGUGUAAGAACCUUUGGAGUAUACAAACGAGGAGUCUUGGCCUCAUCUGCGGCCUCGUGUUUGUCACCGAGUUGGAAGUUUAAACCAGACUCACAGAUUAAGUCCUUAACCAAAAUCUUAAAAACAAUGUUAUAUAUAUAUAUAAGAAUAAAAAAGAAAAUCAUCUCGAUAUGUAGCGGUUUUCAUUUGUGUUACUGUAAAUUGUCUCAUUUAUCCGAGGAUGAAACUAAUUUCUAUUCCUCCGGUAUAAGUUUAUUUUUUCUACACCCUUUAAAUGGUUUAUUAAAACACAUCAAGGAUGAGUUUAAAUAUUUUUUUACAAUAAGGCCCCAGAGUCAUAUAUAUAUAUAUAUAUAUAUAAUUUUGCAGUGUUAUUCCAGUUCAGACACACUUUAAUCCUACUCCUCCUCUGUGACUCUUGAUAAGAUUCACCUCCACACAGAACAAUAAUUUGUUAAAAAAUGUGCUAUUUUCUUUAUUUUUUUUGGUUGAGUUGUAUUUUAAUUUAACAACUGCUGUUGUUACUAUAUUGCAAGCUUUAAGUUCACUUUCUCUUCUUCUUCUUUUUUUUUCGUUGAUUUGUAAUAUUGCUCAGCCAGAGAUCAUGAUGUGAGGUGAUGUCUACCACACCUCAAAAAUGGCUAAAUGUUUCCUCAAUCAAUCUGAUGACGUUAACUACAUCUACUACAAGGGCUCUUGAAGAGUCUCAGAUAUUGAGACUUUGCUUUGAGAUUAAUAAAAGGUGAAAUUUUUAUGUUUUUCUGGCAAUACCAAAAUCGUACACUUGCAACUGUACACCCGCACAAAACGUGCAUAUAUAUAUAUAUCUAUAUAUAAUAUUCUGAGCUUGUAUUUCUAUGAUUGAAAUUUGAGUUUGCAAGCAAUUUGUUUUUGAUCUGCAUCUUGUUUUGCUUAAAAGAUCGGAUUUUCUCUGUCUUACUUUUUGUUUCCUUCUCAACUUUUGUUUCUAUUUUAUCUAGUUAAUAUUAAUUUAUUUCUCUUGAGAGCGCAUAUUGUCUGUUGAAGCACACAUUCUGUUCUGAUGGGAGUGUUUUGAUUGCAAUAGACCUUUAUAUCUGCUGUAUUGUUCUAAUAAAAAGGUUUUUUGAAUCAG